AUGACUUUUCCAAGAUCACACUUUCAAGGAACUCAUGACAGUGAAGCCGGCCCAAGUAGAAUUACACAUGUUAAUGAUGUUGCACUUGAUGAUAUGGAUGUUGAUGAAGCUUUGGAGGAUGCAGUAAUAUCAUAUGUUAACAUGGACGCCAGAGAAAAUGGUGCAUUAUCACGUCGUCCUCAAGAAUUAGGACAUGCUUUUCGAGCAAAGCACAAUAUUGCUCGAAAUUUCAAAAAUAAUAUGAUGAUGGUAAAAUCCCGGUUGCCUCAUCCAUUUACCUGUAGACACUGCAAUGCAAGAUUGUUUCAUCAUGAAUCACGUGACACGUGUUGUAAUGGUGGAAAAGUAUCAUUCUCACGAGUUGAUGCUCCUAUAGAAUUGCAACAAUUAUUUUUGUAUGGUUCAGCUGAAGGAAAACAUUUUAGGCAACAUAUUCGAAGUUAUAACCAUGUGCUUUCAUUCACUUCAAUUGGUGUUCAUGUUGAUGAGAAUAUUCUUACAUCUGGUCGUGGUAUAUACACAUUUCGUGCUCAAGGUGUUUUUUACCAUAACAUAGGAGGUUUCUAUCCAAAUGAGGGUGUCAGGCUGCGUUUCUUACAACUAUACAUCUACGACACCGAUAAUCAGCUACAUAAUAAAAUGCAGGAAAAUCCACAGCUGCACCAAAAUGCAGUUCAUAAAUUAUAG